UGGUAAAUAUUCACAGUUGAGGAAUCCUGACAGAGUCUCAACAGUGUUGUCUAAGUAGGCAGCACACUAGGUUUUGAGACGCUGCCGCAGACAUUUAACGUUAAACAUCAAACAUUCUAGAAGAACCGAAUAUCCAUUGAGCACUAAAAUCAUCACGCACCCCCUCCAUCUGUCCGUUAACCGGGUUAGUUAGUGCUGGUUGAGUUAGUGGUGUGAUGGACUGAGGCUGGACGGGUGUCGUGAGGAGGAGGGGGUCUGGUGACGCAGGAAAAACAGCCGAAACGAGCAGACGAGACGGUGGAGCAACGCGCGGAGCCACGAAUGCGCGAGAACUCCGCGAAACACAGACGGACUGCAGAAGCGCGCCGCGGGUGAGCGCGCGGCAGAGAGUCGCGGCCGGUUGUCGGUAAUGCGAUGGUCUCUGCGGCUCGUCUUGAGCUCCAGGUGCUUCAGUCCCCUUCUCUUGGCCGCCGGAAACGAGUAGAUUCUCGCCCGGCUCCCGCCACAUAAUCAGACAAGAUUGCAAAGAUCUGCCCCACGUCGAGCAUGACGGCCACCACCCGCGGGUCGCCCGUGGGGGGCAACGAGAGCCAGAGCCAAGCGCCCGACGGCCAGAACCAAACCCUGCUGCCCCAGAACCAGACGCCCUCACCAAACUCCUCCAAUGAGACGUCACCCCUCAGUCCACCAGAGGAACCGGGUCAGGGAGAAGCCCCGCCCGCACAGGAAGAGGAGGAGCCUGCCUUCCCCCACACAGACCUGGCCAAGCUGGACGACAUGAUCAACCGGCCGCGCUGGGUGGUUCCGGUCCUGCCGAAAGGAGAGCUGGAGGUUCUGCUGGAAGCUGCUAUAGAUCUCAGUAAAAAAGGGCUGGACGUGAGGUGUGAGGCCUGUCAGAGGUUCUUCCGCGAUGGCCUGACCAUCUCAUUCACUAAAAUCCUGACGGACGAGGCCGUGAGCGGCUGGAAGUUUGAAAUCCACAGGUGCAUCAUCAAUAACACCCACCGCCUGAUCGAGCUCUGCGUGGUCAAACUGGCUCAGGAUUGGUUCCCUCUGCUUGAACUGCUCGCCAUGGCGACCAACCCGCACUGCAAGUUCCACAUUUACAAUGGCACGCGUCCGUCUGAGAGCGUCCCUGCAGGAGCGCAGCUCGCUGACGAUGAGCUGUUUGCCCGGCCGCCCGACCCUCGAUCUCCGAAGGGGUGGCUGGUGGACCUCAUCAAUAAAUUCGGUACAUUGAACGGGUUCCAGAUUCUUCACGAUCGCUUCAUGAGCGUCCAGGCUCUCAACGUGCAGAUAAUCGCAGCUCUCAUCAAACCUUUCGGCCAAUGUUACGAGUUCCUGACUUUGCACACGGUGAGGAAGUUCUUCUCACCCGUAAUCGAGAUGGUUCCGCAGUUUCUGGAGAACCUCACAGACGAAGAGCUGAAGAAAGAGGCCAAGAAUGAGGCCAAGAACGAUGCUCUGUCCAUGAUCAUAAAGUCCUUGAAGAACUUGGCGUCUAGAGUUCCUGGUCAAGAGGAAACCGUCAAGAACUUGGAGAUCUUCCGGUUGAAAAUGAUCCUUAGGUUGUUGCAGAUUUCCUCGUUCAAUGGGAAAAUGAAUGCGCUGAAUGAAGUGAACAAGGUGAUCUCAAGCGUGUCGUAUUACACACACCGGCACGGCAACCCAGAGGAAGAGGAGUGGCUGACGGCGGAGCGAAUGGCCGAAUGGAUUCAGCAGAACCACAUUCUGUCCAUCGUGCUGAGAGACAGUCUGCACCAGCCGCAGUAUGUGGAGAAGCUGGAGAAGAUCCUGCGCUUCGUCAUCAAAGAGAAAGCUCUGACCCUGCAGGACCUGGACAGCAUCUGGGCGGCUCAGGCUGGUAAACAUGAAGCGAUCGUCAAGAACGUCCACGAUUUGUUGGCCAAGCUGGCGUGGGACUUUUCCCCGGAGCAGCUCGACCACCUGUUCGACUGCUUCAAGGCGAGUUGGACAAACGCAAGUAAAAAGCAGCGGGAGAAGCUCCUGGAGUUGAUCCGCAGGCUGGCAGAGGAUGAUAAGGAUGGAGUGAUGGCUCACAAAGUGCUCAACCUACUGUGGAACUUGGCUCACAGUGACGACGUGCCUGUGGACAUCAUGGACCAGGCCCUGAGUGCCCACAUCAAGAUCCUGGACUACAGCUGCUCUCAGGACCGUGACACGCAGAAGAUGCAGUGGAUCGAUCGGUUCAUCGAGGAGCUUCGGACGAAUGAUAAGUGGGUGAUUCCGGCUCUGAAGCAGAUCAGGGAGAUCUGCAGCUUGUUUGGAGAAGCUCCUCAGAACAUCAGUCAGACGCAGAGGAGUCCACAUGUCUUCUACCGUCACGAUCUGAUCAACCAGCUUCAGCACAAUCACGCGCUCGUCACGCUGGUGGCCGAGAACCUGUCUGCAUACAUGGAGAACAUGAGGCAGUUCUCCAAAGAGCAUCCAGGGUUCGAUCCUCAGACCGUGCGAGUGGGCAGCCGGUACAGCCAUGUACAGGAAGUGCAAGAGAGACUCAAUUUCCUGCGGUUUCUGCUGAAGGACGGCCAGCUGUGGCUCUGUGCUCCACAGGCCAAGCAGAUCUGGAAGUGUCUGGCAGAGAACGCCGUCUUCCUGUGCGACCGCGAGGCCUGCUUUAAGUGGUACUCCAAACUCAUGGGUGACGAGCCAGAUCUGGACCCGGAUAUCAACAAGGACUUCUUCGAGAACAACGUGCUGCAGCUGGACCCCACGCUGCUGACGGAGAACGGCAUGAAGUGCUUCGAGCGCUUCUUCAAAGCCGUCAACUGCAGAGAGGGCAAACUGGUGGCCAAACGCCGGGCGUACAUGAUGGACGACCUGGAGCUGAUCGGGCUGGACUACCUCUGGAGGGAUGUGAUUCAAGGCAGUGAUGACAUCGCCACACGGGCAAUAGACCUGCUGAAAGAAAUAUACACCAACCUCGGACCAAAACUGCUAGUGAAUCAGGUAGAGAUCCAUGAGGACUUCAUCCAGUCGUGUUUCGACCGGCUCAAGGCCUCGUACGACACGCUGUGUGUGCUGGACGGAGACAAGGACAGCAUUAACUGUGCCAGACAGGAGGCCAUACGCAUGGUGCGAGUCCUCACGGUGCUCAAGGAGUACAUCAACGAGUGUGACAGCGACUACCACGAGGAGAGGACCAUCCUGCCCAUGUCCAGAGCCUUCCGUGGGAAGCACAUUGCGCUGGUGGUCAGGUUUCCCAAUCAGGGCCGUCAGGUGGACGACUUGGACAUCUGGUCCCACACCAAUGACACCAUUGGCUCCGUCCGCCGCAGCAUCCUCUCUCGCAUCAAAGCCAACAGCACACACACCAAAGUGGAGCUGUUCAUUGGAGGAGAGAUUGUGGACCCUGCUGACGACCGGCGGCUGAUUGGACAGCUGAACCUCAAAGAUAAAACUCUCAUCACGGCGAAGCUCACCCAGGUCAGCUCCAACAUGCCCUCCAGCCCCGACAGCUCGUCCGACUCGUCCACCGGCUCGCCCGGAAACCACGGCAACCACUACAGUGACGGGCCGAACCCCAAGGUGGAAAGCUGCUUGCCAGGAGUGAUCAUGUCGCUGCAUCUGCGCUAUAUCUCCUUCCUGUGGCAGAUCGCUGAUCUGGGCUGCACCUUGAACAUGCCGUUACUGCGAGACGGAGCGCGAGUGCUCAUGAAGCUCAUGCCUCCAGAUACCACUACAGUGGAGAACCUUCGAGCGAUAUGUUUGGAUCACGCUAAGCUGGGAGAGAACAGUCUCAGUCCCACUCUGGAUUCACGCUUCUUUGGUCCUUCCCCUUCACAAGUGCUCUACCUCACUGAGGUGGUGUAUGCGCUGCUGAUGCCAGCCAGUGGAACUCUGGGAGAUGACGCCAGUAACUUCCAGUUCAACUUCUUGAAGAGUGGCGGUCUGCCUCUCGUCCUGAGCAUGCUCACUAGGAACAACUUCCUCCCCAAUGCGGACAUGGAGACGAGACGCGGCGCCUACCUGAACGCCCUCAAGAUCGCCAAACUCAUGCUCACUGCCAUCGGGUUCGGGCACGUGAAGGUCGUCGCGGAGGUGUGUCAGCCUGUGGUGGAGGGAACCAACCCAGCCUCGCCGAUUAACCAGGCGACUCACGAUCAGGCUCUGGUGCUACAGAACGCUCUCCAGAGCAUUCCCAAUCCCGCCUCCGAAUGCAUGCUGCGCAACGUGGCCAUCCGAUUGGCUCAGCAGAUCUCUGAUGAGAACUUCUUCCAGGCCUCAAAGUACAUCCCAGAUAUCUGUGUGAUCCGAGCCGUGCAGAAGAUCGUUUGGGCUUCGGGAUGUGGAAUGGUGCACCUGGUCUUCAGCUCGAAUGAAGAGAUUAGCAAGAUCUACGAAAAGACUAAUGCCGGUAACGAACCGGACGCGGAAGACGAGCAGGUGUGCUGUGAGGCGCUGGAGGUCAUGACCUUGUGUUUCGCUCUGCUCCCGACGACCCUCGACAUGCUCAGCAAGGAGAAGGCCUGGCAGACCUUCAUCAUCGACCUGCUGCUUCACUGCCAGAGCAAAGCUGUGCGUCAGAUGGCACAGGAGCAGUUCUUCCUCAUGGCCACCAGGUGUUGUAUGGGACACAGACCCCUGCUGUUCUUCAUCACGCUCCUCUUCACGGUUCUGGGAAGUACGGCUAAAGAAAGAGCGAAGCACGCUGGCGAUUACUUCACCCUCUUACGCCACUUACUCAACUACGCGUACAACAGCAACAUAAACCUGCCCAACGCAGAGGUGCUGCUCAACAACGAGAUCGACUGGCUCAAGAGAAUCCGAGAUGAGGUGAAGAGGACCAGUGAGACGGGUGUGGAAGAGACCAUUCUCGAGGGUCAUCUGGGCGUCACCAAAGAGCUGCUGGCCUUUCAGACGCCAGAGAAGAAAUUCUAUAUCGGCUGUGAGAAAGGCGGCGCUAAUCUAAUAAAGGAGCUGAUUGAUGAUUUCAUCUUCCCGGCGUCUAACGUGUACCUGCAGUAUGUGAAGAGCGGCGAGUUCCCGGCGGAGCAGGCCAUUCCGGUGUGCAGCAGUCCUGCGUCCAUAAACGCCGGCUUUGAGCUGCUGGUGGCGCUCGCUGUCGGCUGUGUGCGGAACCUCAAACAGAUCGUCGACACGCUCACAGACAUGUACUAUCUAGGUUGCGAGGCACUUACAGAGUGGGAGUAUCUUCCUCCGGUGGGGCCGCGGCCGACCAAAGGCUUCGUGGGUCUGAAGAAUGCAGGAGCCACAUGCUACAUGAACUCCGUGAUCCAGCAGCUGUACAUGAUCCCGCCCAUCCGAAACGGCAUUCUGGCCAUCGAAGGCACCGGCAGCGACAUCGACGACGACAUGUCCGGAGAUGAAAAGCAGGACAACGAGAGUAAUGUGGACCCCAGGGAUGAUGUGUUCAGUUAUCAUCACCAGUUUGAUGACAAGCCCUCUCUCAAUAAGGCCGAGGACCGCAAGGAGUACAACAUCGGAGUGCUGCGGCAUCUGCAGGUCAUCUUCGGUCACCUGGCGGCAUCCCGUCUGCAGUACUACGUGCCCAGGGGAUUCUGGAAGCAGUUCAGGUUAUGGGGGGAACCGGUGAAUCUGAGAGAGCAGCACGACGCGCUGGAGUUCUUCAAUUCCCUGGUGGACAGUCUGGAUGAGGCACUGAAAGCCCUCGGCCAUCCCACCAUGCUCAGCAGGAUCUUGGGUGGCUCGUUUGCAGACCAGAAGAUCUGUCAGGGUUGCCCUCACAGGUAUGAGUGUGAGGAGUCCUUCACAACGUUGAAUGUUGACAUCAGGAACCACCAAAACCUCCUCGACUCUUUAGAACAGUACGUCAAAGGGGAUCUUCUGGAAGGAGCCAACGCUUACCACUGUGAGAAGUGUAACAAAAAGGUGGACACAGUGAAACGUCUCCUCAUAAAGAAACUCCCGCCCGUGUUGGCCAUCCAGCUGAAGCGCUUCGAUUACGAUUGGGAGCGCGAGUGUGCGAUUAAGUUCAACGAUUACUUCGAGUUCCCUCGUGAGCUGGACAUGGAGCCCUACACGGUGGCAGGCGUGGCGAAGCUAGAGGGUGACGAGGUGCCGCUGGAGAGCCAGGUCAUCCCUGAGGACUUGCCGGAGCAGACCGAACCCAACGGCAGCUCCCGCUACAGGCUCGUGGGCGUGCUGGUGCACUCGGGUCAGGCCAGCGGCGGACACUACUACUCUUACAUCGUCCAACGUCACGGAAACGGUGACGACGGACAAAAGGACCGCUGGUAUAAGUUUGAUGACGGUGACGUAACGGAGUGUAAGAUGGACGAUGAUGAGGAGAUGAAGAACCAGUGCUUUGGUGGAGAGUACAUGGGCGAGGUGUUUGACCACAUGAUGAAGCGCAUGUCGUACAGGCGGCAGAAGCGCUGGUGGAACGCCUACAUUCUGUUCUACGAGCGCAUGGACGCAGCAGGGGGCGACAGCGAGCUGUUGAAGUACAUUUCCGAACUGACGCUCGCGCCCCGGCCGAACCAGCCUAAAAUGCCCUUGGCCAUCGAGGCCAGCGUGCGCAAGCAGAACGUCCAGUUCAUGCACAGCCGCAUGCAGUACAGCCUCGAGUACUUCCAGUUCAUCAAGAAACUGCUGACCUGCAACAGCGUCUACCUGAACCCUCCUCCAGGUCAAGAUCACCUUCUACCAGAAGCUGAAGAAAUAGCGAUGAUCAGUAUACAGCUCGCUGCUAGAUUUCUGUUUAGCACCGGAUUCCACACAAAGAAAGUCGUGCGAGGCCCUGCGAGUGACUGGUAUGACGCCUUGUGCAUCCUGUUGCGUCACAGCAAGAAUGUCCGCAGCUGGUUCGCACACAACGUGCUGUUUGCCUUCCCCACGCGGUUCUCGGAGUACCUGCUGGAGUGUCCGAGUGCGGAGGUCCGUGGAGCUUUUGCCAAGCUCAUAGUUGUCAUCGCACACUUUUCCCUGCAGGACGGACCAUGUCCUGCUCCCGUCACGUCGCCCAGCGCGUCCACACAGGCCUGUGACAGUGUGACCCUGAGUGACCACCUGUUGAGGGCGGUGCUGAACUUACUGAGGAGGGAAGUGUCCGAACACGGCCGCCACCUUCAGCAGUACUUCAACCUCUUCGUCAUGUACGCCAACCUGGGUCUGGCAGAAAAGACACAGCUGCUGAAGUUAAGUGUGCCGUCCACCUUCAUGUUGGUGGCACUGGACGAGGGUCCCGGCCCUCCCAUUAAGUAUCAGUACGCGGAGCUCGGCAAACUCUACACGGUGGUGUCGCAGCUGCUGCGCUGCUGUGAUGUGUCGUCACGCAUGCAGUCCUCCAUUAAUGGGAACCCACCACUGGCCAACCCGUACGGCGACCCCAACCUCGCGGCUCCCAUCAUGCCCCUGCAGCAGCUGGUGGCCGAAAUCCUGUUUGUGCGCACCAGCUACGUGAAGAAGAUCAUCGAGGACUGCAGCAACUCUGAGGAGACGGUGAAACUGCUGCGCUUCUGCUGCUGGGAGAACCCACAGUUCUCCUCCACGGUCCUCAGCGAGCUGCUCUGGCAGGUGGCGUAUUCCUACACCUAUGAGUUGAGGCCUUACCUGGAUCUACUGCUCCAGAUCCUUCUGAUUGAGGACUCGUGGCAGACGCACAGGAUCCACAAUGUUUUGAAGGGCAUUCCUGAUGACCGAGACGGGCUCUUUGACACCAUCCAACGCUCCAAGAACCAUUAUCAGAAACGGGCCUAUCAGUGCAUUAAAUGCAUGGUGGCGCUCUUCACCAACUGCUCUGUGGCUUAUCAGAUCCUACAGAGUAACGGGGACCUGAAGAGGAAGUGGACGUGGGCAGUGGAAUGGCUGGGCGAUGAGCUGGAGCGCAGGCCAUACACUGGAAACCCUCAGUACAGCUACAACAACUGGUCCCCACCCGUACAGAGCAACGAGACGUCCAACGGAUACUUCCUGGAGCGCUCUCACAGCGCCCGCAUGACACUGGCCAAGGCCUGUGAGCUCUGUCCUGAAGAGGUGAGCGCUCAGUCAGUCAAACCUCACCAAAACACAGUUCUGGAGCCAGACGAUCAGGAAGCGCCCGAUGAGCACGACUCGUCGCCCCCUGAAGACACGGCCCUCUAUCCUCAUUCUCCAGGGACGCAGUAUCAGCAGCCUAAUAACCAUCCUCACGGGCAGCCCUACACCGGCCCGGCCGCCCAGCACAUGAAUAACCCACAGCGACCCCCUCAGAGGCCUCAAGAGAGCUGGGAGGGAACCGACGAGGUCCCUCCCGUCCAGACUAAAGAGUAGCAGUCGCCCACACCUUGCCUUGUGACCGCGUCCGCUCGUUUCAGAGACUGCCGUGUCGGGCGAGACCAGGCCUUACAAGCACCUGCCACAGUCUCCGGGAACGGAGAACCUUCCCUCUCGUAACGCACUCUCUGCCACCCAACUCCUGCAGCACUGACGUCUCUCUUCUCGAGGCUCGACGCUGCAGAGUUUGGUGCGCAGACACACGUACAGGCCAACAUACACGCACACACGUACACGCAGACCGUGUGCAGCUCUGUGUAACCCGUCAGGAAUGGUGAUGGUGUGUAGAUAGUGUGCAGAUAUCUGGGCCUUGGGACCCCCUCCAUUUCCAGAGACGACUUCAUCAUCAUCAUCAUCAUCCUCAUCUAAAACACCACAGCGGCAGAAUGAAGGGAAACCCGAGGCUUCGUCGUCGCCGGGUGUUGCUCGUACGCAAGGACGAGUUUGCGCCGCAUCAGUGUGGACCGCUUGCUCCUCGUGACGGGAAUCUCUGUCGGGGUUUUGGAUUAACUCGGUGUCGCUCUACUGAUUUAGAAGGCAUUGAAAUCUUUCAGCACUUCUGAUUCUCUUUCUUUUGUUUUCUUCAUUCAUCAGGAAGCCUGUUAGGAGUGUGAUGAUGUGAUCUUCUGUUAGGGUCUUUAACGCCACUGCGGUUCGGUCACUUUAACCUCAGAUUGGCACAUUCACUCCACAGACUAAAUGAUCGAUAUUUCAUUUGUAUUUUCAACAGGCUGAAAGUGUAAUAACUCGUCUUUGAGUGGAAUUGCAGUUGGCCUAAUUCUGAGUCUGGCCCCUCCCACUUCCUAUGUCCCUGUCCAAUGAAAACGCAGCCACGGCCACACUACUCUGUAUCUGAGGAGAUUUACAGCACGUACUGAACUGCAUUUAUGAAGCGUGGCUCUUGUUCUCUUUGGUCUGAAUACCAAAAUCCCUGAGAAGGAAAACGGAGCCCACCGUAUUCUAUUUUGCUGUUUUCUUUGAUAGAGCUUAUUUUGUUGAAUUUGAGAAGAAAGAGUUUGAGCGUUUGAAUGAAAAGGCCUCGUCCUUGUGUUGUUAUUUUUAAGAGGAUAUUGACUGUACAGAGUUCUGUUUACGGUGCCAGUGUGAGGUUGGAUUCUGGAGCUGUUUUCACUUGAAGUCUUUCUUUUCCUGCACAGACGUAUAAUAACAGACGCAUUGCACCACUAGAAACAAUAAAUUAAACAUUUAAAUGCAAGCUUGACUUUUUAUUAGCUUUCUGAUGGUUUCUAUAAGAAGGUACAUUUUGUAAAUACCCAGUGCACACAGAAACACACAGACGCUCAUGCUUGUUAAAUCAUUGUGUCUGAUGAUGGAUUUUAUUCAGUAGACGGCUUCAUGACGGUCAGCGCGCCGCAGAAGACAUGUGGGUUUGCUGAAGGUUGUCCUGAACCGUCUGCCAAACCCAGCCGGAGGCCUACUGAUGUCCCAGCAAAGACUGAUGGGCCUUAAACCGGAUCUUUGCUGACGAUUAUUGUGUAGUGAGGGGGGUGGGGGGUUAAACCGUACGGAUCUCACACCGUGAUCUUAACUAGCACUACAGCUCAUCCUUCUUCAGGCCAUCUGUUGAUUCUUCCUCCGGUUUGACAGAAUCUCACAAGCUUCAUUUUCUUCUUUUGCUCCAUUUUUUGUAAACGUCUCAUCAGAAUGACAUCUGCUUUGAUUUUCCUCUUUCGGGUUUAAUUUUGUUUGAAUUCUGAAGCUCUUUUUGUGAAACGUGCAUGGAUAAUAUUCCUCAAUCAGCCCUCCAGCACUGUACAAACCCAGCACACUGUAAAAUUAUACUUUAAAGGGUAAAAAUAAAUGGUAUUUGAUUUA